UUUUUUUUUUUUUGUUUGUUUGUUUGCGGUUUUUCUUCAUUCAGAGCUUCCCUCAUGUCUGACCUCCUCCCGCUCCAGGCUCGCCCCGACGCUGCUGGCCAGCCCAUCCAGCCCGCAUAUGCUGCAGCGCCUCUCGGCGGUGCGAGCAACAUGCAGGCCUCGCUGUAUUAUCCCAGUGCGCCACCCGACGACUUUGGCAACCCCUAUGUUCAGAAUCAACAGCCGAUGCCGAUGCCGAUGGGCGCUCCUGCCGGUAUGGGCUAUCCGCCGCUGCAGCCGCAAGUGAUGUACAUGCAGAUGCCGCAGCAGAUGGCCGCCUGCUGCACCUGCCAGGCCGCUGCGACGACCCGCUGCGAGACCUGCCAUGUGCCCCUCUGCGCCGUCCACGUCUACGAGCGCAGAGAGAGUCAGCAAGAUGGCAACGUGAUUGGCAUGUGGAGGCGCCGCAUCUGCGCUUACUGCCUCAACUUUAACACGUUCCUCGACUACGAGUCUCGGACACCCGCUGCCAUGUACCUCUUGCUUUGCUGUUGCUGUUUGAUCCCUUGCCUGGCUCCGAAGAUCUCCGAGAAGGCGAUCAAGGAGGUCCAGCUCAAAGUUUGGGUGUACAACAAACAGAACAAUGUGCCCAUGGUCAUCCGCCUCGAACGCGGGAACAACAAGUACCAGUUCUAUUUGUACCCCCACAACCACCCGGAGUUUAUCAACCGCAUUGCCAGCGAGCAGGCUGCGGCCAACCAGCAGGCUGCGGCCAACCCGCCGGUUGCGGCCAGUGAGCAGGUUGCGGUUGACAAGUAGAUCUAGACCGGGUGCGAUGACUCGACUCGGUUGUCAAGCCAAAAAAGUCACCUGGCUGCCAGACAUUGCAAUGUCACAAUAAACAAAAGGCACAACAAUAUGGAGCAUUCUUGUGUUGAUUCAAAUGGUG